GCAUGCCAGGCAACAGUUUAAGUGCCUUUAGAACUUGGAUUAAACACACCGUUGUAGCUGAACACAAGUAAACCAUCCGUGAAAGAGCCUUCCGACAUGGACAACUGUGAUUUGGAGAAGCUUUCAGUCUCUGGUGGGACGCUCCAUCCAGCCUUCUCACCACAAGUUAUAGACUACAAAGUGACGGUGGAGAGCAACGUCAACAAAGUGAUUCUGGACCUGAAUACUAGUGACUGCGGAGCGUCAUACAGUAUUCUCUUUGGUGACGGUUCCAGCACCAUUAUACUGAAUGUUGGGUCAAACAGAGUAGAAGUUGAAGUGGUAGCUGAGGAUGGCACCGUGAAGAAAUACUGUGUGGAAAUCACCAGACUGUCUGCAAAAAUUGCAGAACUCAGUAAUCUGGUUUUGGAAGGAGAUAUUCCACUUCAACCUGAAUUUUGCACCAAAAUCUAUGAGUAUAACAGUAUUGUCCCCUUUCAUUGUAAUGCUUUGACCCUGCUUCCCAAUGUGCCAGACAAAAACAUCAAAGUUACAGUGAAUCGAGAGGACAGCGCACAACUAGUCCCUUUGAAUUUUGGAGACACUCUGGUGGAGAUCUCAGUCUGUUCAGCAGAUGGCAGUAAUUCACAGGUGUACACAGUGUUGGUGACUCGAGAGUUAAUCCCCAUGGCUGUGACCUUCACUGAUGAGAAGCAGCGGCUGGACUAUGAAUGUCCCGUAUCUCUGACUGCUUUAUAUAGACCCAUAUCUAUCAACCACAGUGAGCCAAAGCACAUCUUCUCAAGGCCUUAUAUCGAGAUGCUGGCACGAAGAUCAAAAGUCGACCCACUUAGCGGUUGUCCUCUGGGAGACGGCUGGAAGGUUGUUGAACUGGACCUUGACAGACAGAUGUCGGCUGCUCGGGUCAAGUGUUUCUUUACUUACAGAGGAUGUGACAGUGUGAUGGAACUGUCUGAGCUGGGGUCACACUCUCUGGACUGUCCACACAAACCCACAGGGGACCUGGAUGCAAAGGAUGUGACUGAGACUGAUUGGUAUAAGCAGCACUUUGCAUCAUCCAGUUGUUUGGAGAUGGAGACUAAACACAGUUUGGAGGUGCGUAACUGGGAGAAAAGACUACAAAUGGCAGUGGGAGAAGACAGUGUGGAUAAACUGUGCGCCCUGGCCCAGGAUAACACAAAACUCUACCGGCAACGCCUGCCAAAGCCAGGGGAUGUGUUGCAGUAUGAGGAUGGCCAGUCUCCUCUGCAUAGCCUGGAGCAGGCUGCUGUCCACUAUGCAUCAGCAAUCAGACUCAGCCCCAGAGACGCCAGACUCCACUUCCUGCUGGGUCUCGUUCUGGAGGAGCAGCACUACGCUACAGAGAUGUACGGCCUCCAGAGGAAGGUUGACAGUGACAGAGAUGAAUUAAGCAAUGCCAAAGCAGCAGCGCGUCAGGAUGACAUCCUGGCUGUGUGCAAGCUCCAUGGUUUCCUCGGCACGCCCACGGUGGAGAACCAGCUGCAGGCCUUGGAUAAAGAGUACCAGCAGCUCAAAGAACAGGGACAGUCCAGCAGAGGAGACUACGUUCAGACACUCUACAUCUGGCUCUCCAAGAAAUCUGGCAAGGAUAGCGGUGCAGCCGUGCGGGAUGAAGAGAGCUGUGUCCACCGGGCCCUGAUGAAGUACCUGGAUGCCUGGUCUCUGAGUCCUGACAGCUGGGAGUACAGCCUCCACAUAGGAAGGCUUCUGCUGCUGCAGAGGAGGAGCAGGGAAGCCCUGCAGCACCUUCAGAGCGGCCUGGCACUGUGCCCGCUACACCCUGCUCUCAGAUUCUUCACAGGGCUGGCUCUGUUGCAGCAGGAACAGAAAGCCUCUAAAGACACAGAAAAGGAGGCUGCUCUGUUCUUACAUCAGGGACUGGAGCACUUUGUCAGCCUGCGCUGUAGCAAAAGGUUGACGUGUGUCUGGAUGGAGCAGGUUCCAUCAGCCCCUCUGUCCAGUAUCAGUACACAGUUCCUGCGAGGCCUUCUCACUCUGGGCCAGCUGCAACAGAGAAACACAUUGUCUGAGAAGGCCUUGAGUGCAGAGGAGGUCUAUCACAUUGUAGCAGUGCUGACUGCCCAGAGUGUGAGUCAGUGUGUGUGUCGUGGCGAGAUAAUGGAGCAACUGGAGUGGGUGCUCCUGGAUGCUCAAUUUGCCCUGCUGCAUAGGCUGAUCGAGCAGGGUGAGCACCAGGCCAAGGUGGGCAUCGAGAGGCAGUCCCUGGUGGCAAAGAGAUGCCAGGCCCUCACAGCCCUCAUACGCCUAACCUCUAUUGCACCCUGUCAGGAGCUGCUGGACAUGCAGGAGAGGGCAUGCCAGCUGGCAGUGGUGACCACACCGCGGGACAGCCAUGCCCUGUGUCUCUUGGGUCUGGCACAGCUGGCUCAAUAUGACAACAACCCAAAUUCCGACAGGUCAGAGGAAGCCAUAACAGAUGCCUGCCUUAGCUUCCAGGCCAGCAUUGAGCUGGAGCUCAAGACUCAGAGCGGAGAGCCACUUAAACAGCUGAGCAAACAAAAGUGGUGGCAGGACCGGCAGGAGGCUGAAAACAAGAAAGCUGCCAAGCAGUCUAUCACACAGCCGGCGGGAGUGAAGGGGCCCUCUGACGCUGGUGUGGCCAAAAGAGGAGCUAUGCGGGGCAGGGGAGGACCUGGUCAAGGACGGAUGGCAGCAGCUGUAACCAAAGGUCCUGCUCCUACCCCCCCAGCCCCCAUCAGGGGAGGGAAAGCUGCACAACUUCCAGCCAAAACCCCUGCAGCCAGGGGAAGAGUUGGAGCAGCAGCAAAGCCAGAUAGAUCGGUUAAACCUUCCAACAAUGGUACACAGUCCCAGCUCCCUGUCAACAAGUCUAAACAGGACUGUUGCCCCGAUACUGCUGAGACAGCCCAGGAGCCCGCUGUGGUAGACAAAGUGAGCGUGUCCAGUCCGGUGAACCGCAAGUCUCAUAUCUCACGGCUUGGUCUGGCCCGGGCCCUCUCCCGCUCUGCAGACACCCAGGACCAGGCACAGCAGCUCUACCAAGAGGUCAUCUCCAUGGCACCAGGGGUCCAUGAUGCCUACAUUGAGCUUGUGCAGCUGCUGGAGCCUUCAGACCCUCGGGCUGCAGUGGAGGUGUACUGCAGAUUCCCUCUAAAGUCUGUGGACCAGCAAAGCUUCGAUGAUGCCUUCAUCACAGGAGAGAUCGUCCGCAUGCUGAUGACGCUGGAGCUGUACGAGCACCCGCAGCUGGGCCCCAGCCUCGUAGCAUACGGGAAAGUCAUGGGCCUAAGUUGCAUAGACAAAUACAUUGACAUCUUGGAUGGGAAGUGUAUGACCAAGCUGCUGAAGAGUGUCUAUGCAAGGAUCCAUAACAGACAGGAGGAUGAUCAGGAACUACAGGAUUUCUUCAAGUUCAAAUGCUGGACAUAAUAAUGCUUGUAGUUCUCUGACAAAUACCUGUGUUUACUAUCUUUUUGAAUCCUUGAGUGACUCACAGUUUGC